UUAAGAAUAAACGGGGAACUUCUAAGUGCCAAGACAUCAACCACCGUUGCGAUCUGCAUCGGUCUGCACAUCAUGUCGAUCGGCAAACCAACUCAUUGAUCCCCCUCGUGGCACUGGGAAACGGAUGAGUUAAUUCAGCAUUCAGCUACUGAAGGCAGAAGAAUUUGAGUCCAAAAGUGCACUGCUUUUUCCACUUUAUCAAUUUGAUUCCAGAACUAAAACCGGUAAAUCCUUUUAUACAGAUGUAAUGUUCAUGGUACCACUAAAAGAAUCAAAACCCAACUACUAACAAAAGCUGAAAAAGGCCACACUUCGUAAAAUCUAAUUGCUUGAAUUGUUUUCACUGGUUUUUACAUUUGUGUUUUUUCAUUUGUUGCCGUUGGGAAAGUCCAAUCAGAGACUGUACCAAGAAAACUGCAAAAAAUUCAACAGAAGGCACUUUUUGGUCCCCAUUCAAAAUCCGUAGACUUGAAAAACGGUGUCAAAAAAUUUUCUCUUUUCUUACUAAAGAAUCAUUUUUCUGAAGAAAAAUAAAAAUAUAAAUGCAAAAAGAACCAAAAUUUGCAUGCUCAAACAAAUGGACACAUGUGUUGUGUUAUCUUCUGGGGUCCUGUCUGUAAGUGUAACAGAUCUCAUCCCCGUUACCGAGUCCUCUCGAGAUUCUCUCUGUGCACUCCACUAUUUCACUAUCUCUUCACAAACUCAAACAAUAUACAGAAAAUUUUCUCUCUUUUCGCUGUGUUUUCGUUUUUGCUAUGUAGUGGGCUGUCGUUUUCGUUUGAAAGCCCCAGGUGGUGAAGUGCUUGUGAAGUUGGUUGAGAAAGAAAGAGAGAUCUAAUUGGUUUAAUGGUCCAAACUCUCACUUUGCCUUUUGGGAGUUUUGCUGUGACUACUUAACUUGAGUGAACUCAUUACUCAGUCUAUCCUGCUGCCUUUUUGUACUUUUUCUUUUGCUUCUCUUGUUGUCUUUCUCUUCUAGUUGUAACCACCUCAUGGUUUCUUAAAACACUCCAUUUGGUUAAAAGUUUUGACCUUCCAGGGCUUUUUAGCUUCAAGCUUGAAACUUUACCAUCCCCUUCUUGCUGUUGCUGUUGUUACAUCACUUGCAGAGAUUGUCGCCAUUGCUGCUGCUUUCGACACUAAGGUUUUAAUUUCUUUAUUCGAACACGGGUUUUAGGUAUUCAUGUGUUUCUCUUUAGUGAUUUGUAGGAAUGGGUUUUUUGUCAAAUUUGAGUGGCAGAUAAUUUUUUGUUUUGGAGAAUUUGUUGUUCUUGAAAGAAAAUAUGAAACUUCUUCGUGCGUUAUUGAUGAUGCAGUUGUUUCAACCUUUUUAUAUCGUGGAUUUUUUAUUGUUUGAAUUGUGAAGAUGUUGUACUUUUUUUCAGUCAAUCAGGGAAGUAUCAUUAACCAGUUGGGAAAAAAUGUUUACUUUUUCAUAAUGAUGUAAUUGUGAAGUUCUGGGACGGUUGUAGAAUCAAAGAAGAAUGCAAUCUGGUUUGAUUUGUAUCUAUAAUUUACAAGAAAAUCUGUUGUUGGAAAUAUUUAUAGUCUAAUCAUGACCAAGGCUGUUCGUGAUAGGAUUCUCAAGGAUGUGAAUGGUAAUAUUAGUGACCAUCUACGCAACCACAUACAUUUAACCAAUUGCAUUCACUUGAAAAAUCAUAUGCAUAAGCAGAGCCCAAUUUUGGCUGAUAGGUCCCUUAUGAGGGACCUUACAGUCCUUCAGAGGUCGCGGUCUCUUAGGGAUCCCUCUGCCAGUCCUCCAUCAUGGCAUUCACCUUCGGUUGUUGAUUUGCUUCCUAAGAAAGGCGAGAAGGAUGCCACUAAACGGGAGGGGAGAAGGUCAACUAGCAUUGAGUGUUUGAGUCGGUUGUCGGGCACCUCACCUCCUUUACCAAAUGUUGUUACCUCACAAGUUGCUCCUGCUGAAGUUGUUGUGCUCAAUGAAGGAGUAGUGGCAGCAAUUAGAGAUCGUAGUAGUAAAAGUGGAAAUCAUGCUGGUAGAAGAGUUAGGAGAGAAGAAUCUAGUCGGAAAAGUAGGACUGACUUUUUGGGUGGCAGCGAGGAGCUUCCAGAAACCCAAGAUGGUAAUUUUUUGGUUCAAGAUGUUGUGUCAGGUAACUAUGAGAUUAAGGGUAGAAAGAGUAAAAAGAAGGGAAAGCAAUCUCAAGAUGUUCGAGUUAAGACCCUCUCUGAGCAGUUGGGUGAUAUCCUGAUGGACAGUGAUGAUUUAGUAUCUUCAAAUGUUCAAUUUCAUGGUAGACGUUCUCGACUAGAGAGAACUGGUGAGGAACCAGAAGUCAGCAUCCAUGGUUACACCAAUCAAUUGAAUAGGGGAAAAAGGCGUAAGUUUCGGGGGACCAGAAGAAAUCGAACUGCUUCAUUGAGGGAUAUUAAAGGUCAGAGUGAAAUGUCUGUGGCUUCUAAUUCAUUAGCUCAAGGUUCAGCACGCCCAAGGUAUCGCAUAGAGGAGGAAGAAGAGUAUGGAGAUAAAAAUGUCACAAGGGCUCCUAGAAAUGGGUGUGGAAUUCCAUGGAAUUGGUCAAGAAUUCAUCAUAGGGGUAAAACAUUCCUUGACAUGGCUGGAAGAAGUUUAACUUCUUGUGGUCUGUCAGACUCAAGGAUGAGGAAAGGAGCUUCCCAUGGAAGAGAUAUUCCUAUGCCUGUGGCAUCUGAUCAUUCUAUCUCAUCCACUAAAUCAGAUGCGGAGGCUCUGCCUCUGCUUGUUGAGGCAUCUGGAUCUCAAGAAAGCACUGAAAACCAUUGGAUGCAUGACUAUUCUGGGGAGCUAGGUAUCUUUGCUGAUCAUUUACUGAAGAAUGACAUUGAUUCUGACCUUGCUUCUGAAGGUACAUCUGGUGACCAGCAUAAGUUAGGUGCAAACCGCAAUGGGAGGCACCAAAAUUUGACACAAAAAUACAUGCCAAGAACUUUCAGAGAUCUAGUGGGACAGAAUUUGGUAGCACAAGCUCUUUCUAAUGCCGCCAUGAGAAGAAAAGUUGGGUUGCUAUAUGUGUUUUAUGGACCUCAUGGCACAGGGAAAACUUCCUGUGCUCGCAUUUUUGCUCGAGCUUUGAACUGUCAGUCUCUGGAACAUCCCAAACCUUGUGGCUUUUGUAACUCUUGCAUUUCUCAUGAUAUGGGUAAAAGUCGAAAUAUAUGUGAAGUUGGUCCAGUCAGUAAUUUUGACUUUGAGGGCAUCCUGAAUCUACUUGACAAUAUGGUGAUCUCCAAGUUACCAUCACAAUAUAGGAUAUUUGUUUUUGAUGACUGCGAUAGUAUGUCCUCAGAUUGCUGGACUGCUAUAUCAAAGGUCACUGAUCGAGCACCUAGACGUAUGGUUAUUGUUUUGGUCAGUUCAAGCCUUGAUGUUUUGCCUCAUAUAAUCAUAUCCAGGUGCCAGAAAUUUUUUUUCCCAAAGUUGAAAGAUGCAGAUAUCAUCGAUACUUUACGGUGGAUUGCAUCCAAGGAAGAUAUAGAAAUUGACAAGGAUGCACUAAAACUUAUUGCAUCUAGAUCAGAUGGAUCAUUGCGGGAUGCAGAGAUGACCUUGGAGCAACUUAGUUUGCUUGGACAGAGAAUUUCAGUUCCUCUGGUUCAAGAACUGGUUGGGCUUAUCUCUGAUGAAAAGUUGGUGGAUCUUCUUGAUUUAGCAUUAUCUGCAGACACAGUAAACACUGUAAAGAAUCUAAGGGUGAUAAUGGAAACUGGUGUGGAGCCUUUCGCUUUGAUGUCACAACUUGCUACUGUGAUAACUGAUAUUCUUGCUGGUAGUUAUGAUUUCACAAAAGACAGGCAUAGAAGGAGGUUUUUUCGGAGACAACGAUUGUCAAAAGAAGAUAUGGAGAAACUGCGCCAAGCUCUAAAAACUUUGUCAGAAGCUGAGAAACAACUGAGGACGUCAAAUGAUAAAUUAACAUGGCUAACGGCUGCAUUGCUUCAACUUGCUCCAGAUCAGCAGUAUAUAUUGCCGAGUUCUUCUGCAGAUACUAGUUUUAAUCAAAGUCCCUUCGCCCUAGAUAAUGCAGGUGGUAGAAAUAUGACCUGGAAAGGUGGUGACCCAGCUGUGACUUCUAAUAAAGAGGCAGGCAUGUCAAUGAAUGUUAGAUUGGAAAAUUUCCAUGCUGGAAGUUCUGGUGAUUUCAUUAAAAAUAGCAUGAUGAAAGGUCCUAGUCUACAUAGAGAAAGACAUGUUGGAGCUGGGAUGGCUCCUCAACAAACAUCCACUGAUACAAUUAGACUAUGUGGCAGGCAGAUUUCAGGCAAAAGCCACACUGGAAUUGAAGAAACCUGGUUGGAAGUGCUUAAGAAGAUUCAAAACAAUGGUAUAAAAGAGUUUUUGUACAGAGAAGGAAGGUUGAUCUCUGUCAGUUUUGGUGCAGCUCCAACCGUACAUUUGAUGUUUAGUUCGCAUCUCACAAAAUCCAAGGCAGAAAAGUUUAAGGAUCACAUUUUUCUAGCAUUUAAAUCUGUUCUUGGUUCUCCGGUUAGAAUAGAAAUUAGAUGUGAAUCGAGGAAUGACAGUGGAACAGGGUUUCAUUCACCUCUUAGCUUAGCACCCAAAGAUUCUCAGAUGUUUACUAAUGUGGAGUCUAAUACGGGCAACGGAUUGCCUUCAGCUGGAUCUCUUGAACUUAACAAAAGAGUUACCAGAGAUAGAGGUAUUAAUGAAGCAAGUGCCCAAGCACAGCUUUUGCAUGCUGAAUCUCUUGAAAUGGAAAGGAGUGAAAUUUUUGAAGUACCAGCUUCUCCCCGGGGAACCAAAGACAACGAUCAUGCUGGCAGUCGAACAGAAUACAAUACAAGAGGUGGAAGUACAUUGAUGGGAGAUGCCUCGACUUCACAGAAGAAAUCACCCUUGGCCUCCACCUUGGAAAGAAGGAAACAUAGGGAACAAAGUCAGAGCCAGAGCCUUGUGAGAGGCAAAGUUUCCCUUGCACAUGUACUUCAGCAGGCAGAAGGAUGUACACUGCGAAGUGGAUGGUCAAGACGUAAAGCAGUUUCUAUUGCUGAAAAGCUUGAACAAGAGAAUCUGAGAUUGGAGCCUAGAUCAAAAAGCUUGCUUUGCUGGAAAGCAACUCAAGUAACACGUCGGAAGCUUUCCCGUUUGAAAACUAGAACGCGAAAGCCACAUUCAUUGCUGAAGCUUGUCUCCUGUGGAAAAUGUCUCUCUUCUAAAUCUCCAAGGUAGGGCAAGGUAAAAAUUUUGGGAUGGUUUCAGCGGUUCCGUGUGUGAGUUAUUGAUAUUAUUCCUGUAAUUAGCCAUUUUAUUGCCGUUUAUUAGGUCAGUUCAGUUCUAUCUACCAAUCCUUGAAUAAAAUGUAGUUAUUUCAGAUGAGAAAAUUUAGGAAAGAAAAUCUUGUAGUGCAUUUUCUUUUAAUGAAUUUUCAUAUGGGUUACCCCUCAUCCCUCUAAA